UCGCUGCCGCCGUCGCCGCCCAAGAGCGGCCGCCGCCCCUGAGGGAAGGAGGAGGGAAGCGGCAGCUGACCCUGGGCAUGAGCCGGACGCGGCGUCCGUUGCGGGACUAGGGCGCAGACAUGAACCUGCACCAGGUGCUGACCGGGGCUGUGAACCCUGGCGACCACUGCUUCUCCGUGGGCAGCGUCGGCGACCAGCGCUUCACGGCUUAUGCAUCUGGAUGUGACAUUGUUAUACUGGGAAGUGAUUUUGAAAGAUUACAAAUAAUCCCAGGAGCUAAACAUGGAAAUAUUCAAGUAGGAUGUGUAGACUGCUCAUUGCAACAAGGCAAGAUUGCAGCAUCCUAUGGAAAUGUUAUCUCUGUUUUUGAACCAGUUAAUCUACCGAAGCAAAAGAAAAAUUUGGAAUUAUAUAGUCAAUGGCAGAAGAGUGGCCAGUUUUUUCUGGAAUCAAUAGCACACAACAUAACUUGGGAUCCUGCAGGCAAUCGUCUUUUAACUGGUUCUAGCUGUUUGCAACUGUGGUCCAAUGCUAACUUGGAGAAACCAUCUGAAGAUGAAAAUCCAGAUAAAACAGAUCUUAAUUUGGGGAACUGGAGAUGCAUUUGGCAUUGCAAAACUGCUUCCCAAAUUCAUCUAAUGAAAUUUUCACCAGAUGGAGAAUUUUUUGCCACUGCUGGGAAGGAUGACUGUCUUUUAAAGGUAUGGUAUAAUGUAGAAAACUGGCGGACAGCUGUUACCUCUCCGGAUAAAAGUUCAGAAAAAGAAUCCCAAGGAGAAAUGGACUUUUCCUUUGUGUAUCUGGCCCAUCCUCGAGCUGUAAAUGGAUUUUCCUGGCGUAAAACAAGCAAAUACAUGCCUAGGGCUUCUGUAUGUAAUGUAUUGUUGACUUGCUGCAAAGAUAAUGUAUGUCGUCUUUGGGUAGAGACAUUUUUACCAAAUGAUUGUUUGCUCUAUGGAGGUGACUGCAACCAUUGGGCCGAACCAAUUAAUUUAACAAAUAACUUCAAAAGAAAUGUUUCCAGUAAGGAACGAGCUCAAAAUACUUUAGAUGUAAAUCUGAGACAUUUUCGCAGAGGUCGGAGGAGAUCACUUCCCGUCGUAGCGCAUACUGGAUACCUGCCACACCAGCAGGACCCUCAUCAUGUCCACAGAAAUGCUCCGCUGCAUGCCAACGCACUUUGCCACUUUCAUAUUGCUGCCAGCAUCAACCCAGCCACGGACAUUCCACUUCUUCCUUCUAUCACAUCUCUAAGUCUAAGUGAAAAUGAGAAGAGUGGGCCUUUUGUGGUACAUUGGCUGAACAAUAAGGAGUUGCAUUUUACUUUGUCCAUGGAAGUCUUCUUACAGCAACUUAGAAAAAGUUUUGAGCAACCGUCUUCUGAAGCCAGUGUAGAAGACUCUAAUCAGGCAGAUGUAAAAUCUGAUGAAGAAAUGGAUGAUGGUGUGGAUGAUCUGAAAAUAAAUCAUGAAAAGAAGGAAUUGAGCAGUGAUAAAAUGGUACCAAAUUCAGGUUUUGUACCCUUACCAUCAGCUGCCAUCGAUCAUCAGAUUGAAGUACUUCUGUCUGAAUGGAGUAAAAAUGCAGACAUGCUAUUCAGUAUUCAUCCCAUGGAUGGCUCUUUGCUAGUUUGGCAUGUGGAUUGGCUGGACGAAUACCAGCCUGGUAUGUUUCGUCAAGUCCAGGUGUCCUUUGUUUCCAGAAUUCCUGUAGCUUUUCCCACAGGUGAUGCGAACUCUCUCUGUAAAAGCAUAGUGAUGUAUGCCUGCACCAAGAAUGUUGACUUGGCUAUUCAGCAAGGGAAACAAAAACCUUCUAGCCUCACGCGGUCUACAUCAAUGCUUAUCUCUUCUGGCCACAGUAAAUCAACUAAUAGUUUAAAAUUAAGUAUUUUCACUCCUAAUGUUAUGAUGAUAUCGAAGCAUGCUGAUGGCUCUCUGAAUCAGUGGCUGGUCAGUUUUGCUGAAGAAUCUGCCUUUUCUACAGUUCUCAGUAUUUCUCACAAAUCUAGAUAUUGUGGUCAUCGCUUUCAUCUUAAUGAUUUAGCUUGCCACUCAGUAUUACCAUUAUUGCUGACAACGUCACACCACAACGCACUAAGGACGCCUGAUGUUGAUAACCAAAAGCAACCUUGUGAUCCUGUAAAUACUGAAGAAUGUUCUUUGGCACAACAGAAUAAAAGCAGCGUUGACGUGACAUUUCAGGAUCCCAAUGCAGUUUAUAGUGAGCUUAUUCUUUGGAGGGUUGAUCCGGUCGGGCCAUUGUCUUUUUCUGGAGGUGUUUCUGAGCUUGCCCGGAUUAAUUCUCUACAUGUUUCUGCAUUUUCCAAUGUGGCAUGGCUCCCCACUCUUAUACCCAGUUACUGUCUAGGUGCAUACUGCAAUUCUCCUAGUGCGUGCUUUGUAGCAAGUGAUGGACAAUAUCUGAGAUUAUAUGAAGCUGUUAUUGAUGCCAAGAAACUUCUGUAUGAGCUUUCCAAUCCUGAAAUUUCUAAAUAUGUUGGAGAAGUGUUUAACAUUGUAAGUCAACAGUCAACAGCCAGGCCAGGAUGCAUUAUCGCAUUAGAUCCCAUUACCAGACUUCAAGGCAGAAAAACCCAGCUGCUUCAUGUUUUUCAAGAAGAUUUCAUUUUGAAUAACCUUGAGAAGAAAGGUCUGGGAAAAGACAGAAUAUUAUCUGAUGCAGGCAGCUCACCUAAUGGAUUUUCUGAGAAAUUCUACCUAAUUGUGAUAGAGUGUACCCAAGACCAUCGUUCAUUGCUACACAUGUGGAAUUUACAUUUACAGUCCAUUCCUGUCUCAUUGGAUGAAAAAGUAGAUACAAAAAUAUCUGAAGCAGUUUGGCAGCCGGAAGAACAUUAUUCUUCUUCUCCAGAGAAGAUCGUAUCUCCUUUUUCACAGAAGUAUCAGGCUUGCAGAGCAAAUCUCCAGAGUACUAGCAAGUUGACUCUGACUUCAGAAAUGGUUUAUAGCCAAGAGAUGAAUUUGCCAGAAGGAGUUGAAAUAAUAAGUGUUAAGCCAUCAGCAGGACAUCUGAGUUCUUCUUCCAUAUAUCCUGUGUGCAGUGCUCCUUAUUUAUUGGCAACUUCAUGUUCAGAUGAGAAAGUAAGAUUCUGGAGAUGCAGAGUAACAGAUGGAGAAUCUGAUACAUCAAAGAAUGGAAAAGUGGAUCUGGUAUACAUUUGGGAAGAAUGGCCAUUACUUAUCGAAGAUGGACUUCAUAGCAAUAGUAGUAUAACCAUCCCUGGUAGGCCUGUAGAAGUUAGCUGUGCACAUACAAAUCGGUUAGCAGUAGCGUAUAAGCAGCUUCCAUCUAAUAGUAGGUCUUCUCAGGACUUCCUGAUGCAUGUCAGUAUUUUUGAAUGUGAGUCUACAGGAGGUUCAUGUUGGGUCCUCGAACAGACGAUUCAUUUAGAUGAAUUGAAUACAGUGUUAGAUUCUGGUAUUAGUAUUGAUAGCAAUUUAGUGGCUUAUAAUAAACAAGAGGUGUAUUUAUCCAGUAAAGAGAGUAUCACAUCAAACACAAAGCAUUUAGUUCACUUAGAUUGGAUGUCUAGAGAAGAUGGUUCUCAUAUCCUCACUGUAGGAAUUGGAUCAAAACUUUUUAUGUAUGGACCUCUGGCUGGCAAGGUACAGGAACAGGCUGGUAAAGAAACCCUAGCCUUUCCUCUCUGGGAAAGCACUAAAGCUGUGCCUCUUUCUAAAUUUGUCCUCUUAAGAAGUAUGGACUUGGUUUCUUCUGUGGAAGGCUCUCCACCUUUUCCUGUUUCUUUAUCAUGGGUCCGGGAUGGCAUCCUUGUGGUAGGAAUGGAUUGUGAAAUGCAUGUAUAUUCCCAGUGGCAGCCAUCUUCUAAACAGGAACCUGUUACAGCGGAUUCAUACAAUGGGAGCACGCCAUCUCUAAUAAGUUUAAUAAAACAGAGCAACUCAUCGAGUUCUGGAUUACAUCCUCCAAAGAAAACCCUGACUCGAUCCAUGACCAGUCUUGCACAGAAAAUCUGUGGAAAGAAAACUGCCUUCGAUCCAUCUCUGGAUACGGAAGAUUCAGGUCUUUUCGAAGCAGCUCAUGUUCUUUCCCCAACUUUACCUCAGUACCAUCCCUUGCAGCUUUUGGAACUCAUGGACCUUGGCAAAGUUAGGAGAGCAAAAGCCAUCUUGUCGCACCUUGUCAAGUGCAUUGCUGGGGAGAUUGUGGCACUGAAUGAAGCUGAAUCCAAUCAUGAGCGCCGCCUUAGGUCUCUCACUAUCAGUGCUAGUGGGAGCACUACCAGAGACCCCCAGGCUUUCAACAAAAGUGAAAAUACGGAUUACACAGAAAUAGAUUCUGUCCCUCCACUUCCCUUAUAUGCCUUACUUGCGGCAGACGAUGAUAGCUGCUACUCAUCUUUAGAGAAGUCUAGUAAGCAGAGUACCUUAAAUAACUCAAACCAGUUGUCAAAAGAGAGUUAUGAUGAACUUUUUCAGAUCCCAACUUUAAUGACUGAUCAUCAGGUGUUAGAGACAGAUGAGGAAAAUACCAAGCCCAGGGUCAUUGACCUUUCACAGUACAGUCCAACUUACUUUGGUCCUGAGCACGCUCAGGUUCUUUCUGGCCACUUACUUCAUUCCAGUUUACCAGGACUCAGCCGGAUGGAACAGAUGUCUCUAAUGGCCUUAGCAGAUACAAUUGCUACUACCAGCACUGAUAUCGGGGAGAGCAGAGACAGAAGCCAAGGUGGAGAAACUCUUGAUGAAUGUGGUCUAAAAUUUCUUUUGGCUGUUCGACUGCAUACUUUCCUUACAACUUCCCUUCCAGCUUACCGAGCUCAGCUUCUUCAUCAAGGUCUGUCUACCAGUCACUUUGCGUGGGCAUUUCACUCAGUAGCAGAAGAAGAGCUGCUGAACAUGUUGCCAGCUAUGCAGAGAGAUGAUCCCACUUGGUCUGAACUGAGAGCCAUGGGUGUGGGAUGGUGGGUCCGGAAUAGCCGCACCUUACGCAAGUGUAUAGAGAAGGUAGCCAAAGCAGCCUUUUAUAGAAAGAAUGAUCCUUUAGAUGCUGCCAUUUUUUACCUUGCAAUGAGAAAGAAAGCUGUGAUUUGGGGAUUAUACAGAUCCCAAAAAGACCCCAAGAUGACACAGUUUUUUGGACACAAUUUUGAGGAUGAGAGAUGGCGUAGAGCAGCUCUAAAGAAUGCUUUUUCUUUGUUAGGCAAACAAAGAUUUGAACAUUCUGCAGCAUUUUUUCUUUUAGCUGGUUGCCUCAGAGAUGCAGUUGAGGUAUGUCUUGAGAAACUGAAUGACAUUCAGUUGGCUCUUGUAAUAGCUAGACUCUAUGAGUCUGAAUUUGAUACCUCUGCAACAUACAAAUCUAUUUUACGUAAAAAAGUUUUGGGGAUUGAUUCUCCUGUUAGUGAACUCAAUUCACUGAACAUAAAUAUGCAUUAUGAUCCUUUUCUUCGGAGUAUGGCAUAUUGGAUUUUGGAAGAUUAUAGUGGUGCUCUGGAAACAUUAAUAAAACAGCCUGUCAGAGAGGAUGAUGAUCAAGUCAUGAUGUCAGCCUGUAAUCCUGCAGUUUUUAAUUUCUACAAUUAUCUAAGAACACAUCCUCUUUUGCUAAGACGUCAUUUUGGAUCAUCUGAUGUAUUGUCCACACACAUGAGUUUAACAGGAAAAAGUGGGCUAGCAGGAACAAUUAAUUUAAGUGAAAGAAGAUUAUUUUUUACCACAGCCAGUGCUCAUUUGAAAGCUGGCUGCCCUAUGUUAGCUUUGGAAGUAUUAUCAAAGAUGCCAAAAGUCAUCAAGAAAACAAAACCUUUUUGCAGAACACCUAGUUUCCUGGAUACUAGUAAAGACUGUUCCCCUUCUUCUCCAUUAAAGUUGGAUGCCAGGGAAGAUAAGUCUUCUGCUAUUGACUGGUCACAGUCACUAAUGAAUGGUUUUGGAUCUUCUUCAGAAGGUUCCUCAGAGAAGCAGUCAAACUCUACUCUUUCUUUUGACUGGAGCCAACCAAGUGUUGUAUUUCAGGAUGACUCUUUAGAGUUAAAAUGGGACAGUGAUAACGAUGAAGAUGAGGAUCUCCCUAUUUCAAUGAAAGAACUAAAACCUUUACAGAGAAAAAUGGGGAAAAAAAUAGAUGAAACAAGUUCUAAUUACAUAGAAUCUCUCAGCACACUAGAUGAAAACGACAUUUUAAGUCCAUCAGAAGAUAUCAUUGCAGUUCAAUUAAAAUUUAGAGCAUGUUUAAAGAUUCUCACAGUCGAACUUCGUACAUUAUCUACUGGGUAUGAAAUAGAUGGUGGAAAAUUGCGUUACCAACUCUACCACUGGCUUGAAAAAGAGGUGAUAGCUCUUCAGAGGACUUGUGACUACUGUUCAGAUGGUGAAGACUUAGAGGCUGCAUUUGGUGAAAAUGGAGAUGAAUUUGGAUUAAAUGGAGAUGCUGAAGAUAUGCUUCAGCAAACAAAAGUGAAACAACUAAGAGAAAAUUUUCAAGAAAAAAGACAGUGGCUUUUGAAAUAUCAGUCCCUCUUGCGGAUGUUUCUGAGUUACUGCAUACUUCAUGGGUCCCAUGGUGGCGGUCUUGCCUCUGUGAGAAUGGAAUUGAUUUUGCUUUUACAAGAAUCUCAGCAGGAAACCUCAGAACCAGUAUUCCCCAGUCCUCUGUCAGAGCAGACCUCAGUACCCCUCCUCUUUGCCUGUACAGCCAGUGCCAAGACAGUUGUUGCCAACCCGUUACUGCACCUCAGUAACCUCACACAUGAUAUUCUGCAUGCCAUCAUAAACUUCGAUUCACCACCCCAUCCUGACGUCCAGAGCAGCAAAGUAUAUGUAAUGCAUACUUUAGCAGCCUCACUUUCUGCUUGUAUUUAUCAGUGCCUUUGUGGUAGUCAUAACUACAGUUCAUUCCAAACAAAUCAGUUUACUGGAAUGAUGUAUCAGACAGUACUGCUUCCCCAUCGACAUUCUUUGAAAACAGGAAGCUUAGAUGAAGCAAUAACUCCAAAUACAUCACCAGCGCAAUGGCCAGGAAUCACUUCUCUGAUCCGACUUUUGAAUUCUUCUGGCGAGGAAGCCCAGUCAGGGCUUACAGUCUUGCUCUGUGAGAUUCUCACAGCAGUAUAUCUGAGUCUCUUCAUCCAUGGCCUGGCGACACAUUCCAGUAAUGAACUAUUUCGGAUCAUGGCCCAUCCUCUGAAUGAAAAAAUGUGGUCUGCUGUGUUUGGUGGAGGUGCACAUGUUCCCAACAAAGAACACACACAUCCAAAAGCUUUACCUGUUUCUUCACUUGUGGAAGAAGGAGAGAAACAGAACAAACGUUUUAGGCCAUCAAAAAUUUCUUGUAGAGAAUCUGCCCUACCGACUUCUUCCCCAUCAGUAGUCAGCCAGGAGUCACUGACAGUCCAAGAGAAGUUCAUCCCACCAGAGCUCAGUAUCUGGGACUAUUUCAUAGCCAAGCCUUUUCUACCCCCUUCCCAAAGUAGAGCAGAAUAUGAUUCAGAGGAAAGUCUGGAAAGUGAUGACGAUGAUGAUGAUGUUUUAGCCUCAGAUUUCCAUCUCCAAGAACAUUCUAAUUCAAAUUCAUAUAGUUGGUCAUUGAUGCGCUUGGCAAUGGUGCAAUUAGUGCUCAACAAUUUGAAGACCUUCUAUCCCUUUGCAGGUCAUGAUCUUGCAGAGCUUCCAGUUAGUUCACCACUUUGUCAUGCGGUUUUAAAAACUCUUCAGUGUUGGGAGCAAGUUCUUCUCCGACGACUUGAAAUCCAUGGCGGGCCACCUCAAAACUAUAUUGCAAGUCAUACCUCUGAAGAGAGUUUGUCUGGGGGUCCUGCAAUUCUCCGCCAUAAGGCUUUGCUGGAACCUACAAACACUCCUUUCAAAUCCAAACACCAUCUGGCACUGUCCGUGAAGAGACUAUGGCAGUACUUGGUGAAGCAGGAAGAAAUUCAGGAAACCUUUAUCAGAAAUAUAUUCACAAAGAAAAGAUGUCUAAAUGAGUCAUUAGAGGACAACUGUGAAACCAUCAAAAAUUCUAUGAUGGAGGAGCCAAACAUGAAUAAGAUAGAAGCAGACUUGGGAUAUCCUGGAGGUAAAGCAAGAAUAAUUCACAAGGAAUCUGAUAUCAUUACUGCCUUUGCUGUUAAUAAAGCAAAUAGAAACUGCAUAGCAAUUGCAUCAAGCCAUGAUGUUCAAGAACUGGAUGUUUCUGGAAUUCUAGCUACACAAAUCUAUACUUGGGUAGAUGAUGAUGCUGAAAUGGAAACCAAAGGAUCAGAAGAUUUCUUGGUUAUACAUGCUCGUGAUGAUUUAACAGCUGUGCAGGGUACAACCCCAUAUACACAUAGCAAUCCCGGCACUCCAAUCAACAUGCCUUGGCUUGGCAGUACACAGACUGGCAGAGGAGCAUCUGUGAUGAUUAAGAAAGCCAUUAAUAAUGUCAGAAGAAUGACUUCUCAUCCAACUCUUCCUUACUAUCUGACAGGAGCUCAAGACGGAAGUGUCCGAAUGUUUGAAUGGGGCCAUUCUCAACAAAUAACCUGUUUUCGAUCUGGUGGCAAUUCAAGAGUUACUAGAAUGAGAUUUAACUACCAAGGAAAUAAGUUUGGAAUAGUUGAUGCUGACGGAUAUUUAAGUUUGUAUCAAACAAACUGGAAAUGUUGCCCAGUAACUGGAAGCAUGCCUAAGCCAUACCUGACUUGGCAGUGUCACAACAAAACAGCCAAUGAUUUUGUCUUUGUUAGUUCCUCCUCUUUGAUAGCUACAGCUGGUCUUUCAACUGACAAUAGGAACAUAUGUUUGUGGGAUACUCUCGUAGCACCUGCCAAUAGUUUAGUCCAUGCUUUUACAUGCCAUGAUAGUGGAGCUACUGUUUUAGCAUAUGCUCCAAAACAUCAGCUACUAAUAUCAGGCGGCAGAAAAGGCUUUACAUGUGCAUUUGACCUUCGGCAACGACAGCAAAGGCAGCUUUUCCAGAGCCAUGAUUCUCCUGUUAAAGCCAUUGCCAUUGAUCCGACAGAAGAGUACUUUGUUACAGGAUCUGCUGAAGGCAAUAUAAAGAUUUGGAGUCUAUCUACCUUUAGUCUUCUCCACACUUUUAUCAAUGAACAUGCCCGGCAGUCCAUUUUUAGAAACAUUGGAACUGGAGUGAUGCAAAUUGAGACAGGACCAGCAAAUCACAUUUUUUCAUGUGGAGCUGAUGGAACAAUGAAAAUGAGGAUACUGCCAGAUCAGUUUAGCCCAUUAAAUGAAGUAUUGAGAAAUGAUGUGAAAUUUAUGCUAUAACAUUUUGACAAUAAGAUGUAUAAUUUAUUCCCUAUUCCAUGGAAGUGGCCAACACAUGUAAUGUACAGUGAUCACUGUCUCUGCCACAGAUAAGCUAAUGCUUUCUUGUUUUCGUAUUUAUUUUACGGAGCUUUGCCCUUGAUGCACUGAUGCCUUAAAAAUUAACAAGGUCAUUCAGAAUUAGACUAUAUUGCCUAAAGUAAAAUGUAUAAGUAAUACUGUAAUAAUACAUAUUUAUAGUAUGUUAUAGUGAGUAUGUCAUAGUGUUAAAGGAGUUUUGUGUUCUGAUUGUUGAUAAACUCUUCUGCAGAUGUCUCUGUAUGAAUUUAACAGUAAAAAUAUCCUUUAUGUAAAGGCAGUUGACAUCAGUCAUCACUUAAUUCACCAUGCCCUUACUUCUUUUUUCAAACUAAUACAUCUCAAACUCUUCUUCUGUUAAUGAUAGAUUGAUAAUUGGGCAAGAAUAAAAAACAUAAUGAACAUCUUCAUUAAAAACUAUCAUUGGGACUUCAGUGAUAUAUGACCCAAGAUAAAGUUCCCUGUUUCCUGCCUGAAGCCCAAGUGUGUUUGUAUAUAUGUAAUAUAUCUUACACAUCUUAUCUGGACUUAGUUUGUGUAUAUAUCAGAGGAAAUUACAAGUCUUUUCAUGUGUUUUUGUGCCAUAACAACUACUGCCACUAGAAUAGCGACCUUUUUUGCAGCUGUCUUUUUCCAUGUUUUUUUGUUUUUAGUUUUUUAAUUCCCAUCCUAAUUUUCAAAUAAUUUCAGGAAAACAUCCAAGAUUAUAAUUUUAAAGAUUAUCUUGAGUCAAUUACGUCUUAGCAGGCAAUAAUGAUUCUGUGUUGGCAUAUAUGAGACACUUAAAAGUAAGUUUAUAAAAUUGUCAAAGGAUUUUAGAGCACCUAAUAUUUUACUUCAUCUUUCUCUUUUUUUUUUUUUUAGGUGCUUUUAGUCUCAAAGUUCUGAACACCUUAUAGCAGUGUUUUUAGAAACAAAUGUGAAAACAGUAAAAUUAAAUAGAUAAUAUUUACAAAUGUAAAAUACCUGCCAGAUCUACCAUUAAUAGAAAAUAAACUAAACCUUAUAUUUUAUUAUUUUUUUGCCAAAAUACAUUAUUUUACUAUAAAAUAUGACCAAAAUAUUAAAAAUGCACAAUGCUUUUAACUUAAAUGUGCUAAUAACCCUAUUUCUGUCUGUUUUGUGCUAACUUUUCUGAUUAAAAAUUAUAGACAACUUGAUAAAUACUUGAUUUUAGCCAAGGAGACUGGAGGCAGACGGGACUAAGUGUUUGAGGGACAAUUAUAUACUAUGUAGCUUAAAUAUAUUUUGUUAAUAGGAAUUAUAAAAACAUUUUUAUGUAACAAAAUAUGAACAACUAUUAUCUUGGAAAUUAAAGAGUCAAAGCGAAGAAAUGAAGGGCUGGUAAAAUGAAUUUUGUAAUAUCCUCAGGAUACUUUUAUCUUAAAAGUAUAUUGUUAAAGAUUUUGUAAAUUGUAUUCAUAAUUUUAAAUGUGUUAAGCUAGUUGCAGUGAGAACACUGUCGUUGAUUAUGUAGAGAGUUUAUGUGCACAUAAUAACCUGUAUCUAUAACCGUGCAAUAACAGUAACAGUAUGUGACUGUUGGCCGCAAAGAGAUCUGUGGCGGCAUUGCAAACGAUCCUGCUGUGUGCUGUAGUUCAGCUUAAGUUAUUUUUCAGUAACUGCACAAAUCAAGAUUCAAAAGGCUUUAAACACUUUCAAUUAGAUAGAAAAUUUAUUAUGCUUAUUAUUAGAAAAAAGGCAUUGUGGAUGAACAAUUAAGCAUUUUAAUUGAGGGUUUAUAUGAGUAAUAAAUUAUGUAAGCCCAUAUGUAUUUACAUCAGAGUCAUAAUAUUUUAAAUAAACAAUCAUGCAGUGACA